AUGGCGGCCAAAUGGUUCAAGGAGUUCCCCUCCAACCUGAGGACGGGCUCGGAGAAAGCGCGACCGAACAAACCGGGCGGCACCGCCCGUAAGAGCCUGGGGGGCAACGAACCGCGUGGGGCCCCACCGGGGAAAAGCCGCAAAAACUCUGUGGCGGAGGUGGGGGGCUGCAGGGCCGUGUACCCCCCCGGGGCCGGCAAGGACGGGGGCGGCCGUCUGUCUCGGGACAACCUGCAGGGACUGCUGCAAGCCGCCGCCGGGAGGAUGCGCAAAAACUCGAAGGUGGAGGGGGUCGCGGCUGAGGGACCCCCCCGGAGCUGCGGGACGUACAUCAACCGCCUGAUCAAAGUGGAAGCCCACGAGAAAAACCCCAAAGGCUACCCCAGCGCCGGGCCCAUGCUCGAGGAAAAGGGCAAGAGCUCUAAAACGGAGACGGUCAUCAUCCUGGAGGACUACGCCGACCCCUAUGAUGCCAAACGCACCAAAGGGCAGCGGGAUGCCGAGCGCCUGGGGGAGAAUGAUGGCUACAUGGAGCCCUAUGAUGCACAGCAGAUGAUCACAGGUGUGUGUCGUGGUGUGAUUUGGUCUGCCGUGGUGUGCCAUGAUAUGCCGUGGUGUGCCAUGGUGUGUCUCGGUGUGCCCUGAUUGCCAUCAUACGCUGUAGCAUGCCAUGAUGUGCCAUAGUGUGCCGUGAUAUGACUUGGUGUGCCAUGAUGUGCCAUAACGUGUGACUUGGUGUACCGUGGUGUGCUGUGAUGUGUCUUGGUGUGCCCCGAUUGCCAUCAUAUGCUGUAGUGUGCCAUCAUGUGCCAUAGCAUGCCAUGAUACCACUUGGCGUGCUACCAUGUGCCAUGGUGUGCCUUGAUACCCCGUCCCAUGCCGUGCUGGCAGCACGCAGCACUGUGGGGCCGUCAGCCGGGGACCCACCCAGUGCGGAGCUUUGGGAACAGGAAAGCUGCUCUCCCAUUUCCUGCACUGCUCCCCGUGAUAAGGUGUGUGCCACGCCGCUGCCCCACGGCACAAAGCCUGGUGCCACCAGCAGCACUCAGAGCCAGGAUGCAGCAGAGGGCCAUGCCUCGAGGGGUCCCGAUGUCACCACGCCCCGUGGGGACCCCAUGGCUCGGUGUCCCCCCAUCCCAGGCUGUGCCCCCCACUCCACCCAGGGGGCCACAGCCGGACAGAAUAACAGGAACUGAGUCGGCCGGAAGCAGGGAAUAAAAGAUUUGCUGCUGAUGGCUUUUU